GUGUUAGAGGUAGAAAAUCACAAUAUGACUCUGCACCAAACGAAUGGCCCGUCUCUUAUCAUGCUACUGGUAGCAUUAAUGGUAAAUCGAUGGCGAAUGCGGGUUAUGAUGCCAUUAAAGGAAAGAAUAAAUCAAGAAAAGGAUUUUUAAGCUGCCUUUUGGGUUGCUUUUGUUGUAAAUUGAACAAUAAAAAGAAACUUCAAUUUGAAUUUGAAAAUGGUGUUUAUACAACACCUGAUGUUAAACUUGCUGAACAAUUUGCUACUAGGUUUAGUUACGAAGGAGAAUCUUAUUUAGUGAUGUUUCAGAAUAGAGUUAAUCCCAAGACUUUGAUUAAAGUUGGUAAAUACUGGGUAUUACCAAAAACUGAAGACGUUAGAACGUAUGGUAUUUGUAUAAAGACAGAUCCGUACGGAGGAAAAUUCUAG